AUGGGCGAAUCAACAGCUUGGUGGAUUAGCAAUCGCUCACGACCGCAUUUCGAGCUAGAUGAUGCCACUUCGCCUACAUCGAACUCCUCUAACGUUACGUACAUGGGAGUAGUCAAUGCAAGUACUUCCAUCUUCUCGCAUCCACUUGUCCGCGCGGUCUCUUCCGACAUAGUAUCGGGUCAAAUCAUUGCCUCGUUAAUUGUACUUGUCUUUGUCGCCAUCUUCUUGCUGCGGGAGUGGAUAUCGCAAAAUGCUCGUCCUGGAGUCUUUGAGGAAGUCGAUGCUCCUGGUGCAGUUGAGUUCGGCCAACCACAGGAUCCACCUGCAGUUCUGCAAAUUGCACAACAGCAGCCAGCGCCCGUGCCCGUGCCUGCUAUCUUGGCGCCACCUGCAAAUGGACAUGGUCCUGCUGCUGCUGUCCCACACGUUCCUGCUGUUUGGGACAGGCCUCGACGGAAUAAUUCGGACAGGAAUGAUAUCGAAGAGCCAUUAAGAGAUGGUCCUAACAAGCGGAUUCGACACACGGCUCCUCAAGAAAAUCGUGCGCCGCGAGAGCGGAAGGGCCUUCGCAAGGAUAAGGGCAAGCGAGUGGCACGGCGUGAACGGUCUCCUACAUCGGAGCUCCGCCAGCGUCAUAGGUGGUCAUCCCCAGGGAAGACCACCUCCAGUAUCAACGGAGGUUCAGAGACCGAUAACGAGGAUCAUCAAGCCAAGCAAAAACUUGUAAUGGAGUGGCGCAGUAAAAACGCCGAGGGAUGGCGAGAAAUACGCAAUCUCACUUCACAGCCCCUUAACCUCGAUCCCGAACAGACCCAAUUUACAUUUACCGCCCUGUCACCCAGAGGAGACGAGUUCGAGAUAUCAGGACCUGAUUCCGUAUAUAAUUUGGGGACUACAUCCUCGAGGCCUCGCUCUACAAACCCCGAUGUUCCUGAAGACAUCACUUCGCUUACCUCUCCUACAGAUGAACAAUCAGCUGAAGUUAUCUCUUCCGCCUCACUUCCAGGGCCUUCUAAUGAACACGAACAAGCGGAUAUUCCUGAAGAGGCUGGUGUACCGGGAUCAGAAUCUCAGUCUCCUAUGACAGAUGCUGAGAAAGACAAGUCUGAUGUUGUGGAUGCGGAAAUGACACUUUCAUUGUCUUCAUCAAGUCUCCCAGCUGACAAUGUGGGGAACUUGCGACGGCCGCCUCUCCCCACUGUCACACUUUCACCUUCAUCUGUGACGACGCCGCCCGCAAGUACACCCCGUAGUGGCGGAUCACCACCGCUGGCGUCUCCCAAUCUUGCGACAUAUAAACCACCUGAGGAAUUUGAGGCAGGUCCGUCUAAUCUAACGGAUUAUUUUGACGACGAAGACCGUAGACGCAACGAAAAAGAUCCGGACACAGAAUUGCGUAAAUUCUUUGUCGACCUAGACGAAGAUAUCGAUGACGAUGACGACGAACUCGAUGUUGACCCAGAUGCUGAUGCUGCUAGUGGGUAUAAUCAUUGGAGUGAUGUUGAGAUACGAGAGCUCGAUGAGGAUGGUCCGAAUCCACCACCAGCAGUCAUGCCUCAGGAACAACCCCUCGACCAGGAAGGAUUGGACCGUCAAGCUCUGGACAGAAUCUUGGAUAGAGAGGUUGCUCGACUUGCUGCUAAUGGCGAUGUCAGGCUUCCCGAACCGGUGGAGGAGAUGGACGGUAACCUUGAAGAUGAUAUGGAUGGUGCUCUCGAGGCUAUUGGAUUGCGCGGGCCAGUCCAUGGUGUACUGCAAAAUGCCGCGUUGAUGAUUUUUAUAUUGGACACUACUAUUGGUCUGGGCGUCUGGUUGCCAUUCACGAUCGGAAAAUCGACAGCUCUUCUCUCACUGGAUCCUAAACGAUUCUUGCAAAUCUUGCACCUUCCCCUUCGAAUGAUCCGCCUUAUUACCGAUCCCAUAGUAGAUUCCGUAGCCUUGGUGAUUAAUCAGUAUCUGCUCCCACGAGCCAUGCAAAUUGGGAUGUCAAUCUUUGGUCUCCUCAUAAGGACCAUCAGUCAAGAACGAGCUAGGCAAUUUAUCGUAUUGGGAGCAAAUUUAUAUGGUCAAGCUUCAAUAGUUAUGGAUUACGUUUGGGAGCAAGCAGUCGCUAGGAAUUCGGCGAAGCCAUCUGCAACAUCUUCAAGAUCUUUCUACUUGACCUUCGUCGAAGAACUCAUGGAAGCAGAUGGCCCCGUCAUGAGCUUCAUCGACCCGUCCUUUGCCCCGCUCGGAAGUACUAUCCGCUUGACUGCCAGAGAAGCUAAACGAACCUGGAUAAGUCUUGCAGUCGGGAACGGACCAAACGAGAAAGUAUUUGCCAUACUUCUUGGAUAUGCCGUUGUGGGAUUGCUACUUGCCAUUUACCUGAAUGUACUGACGGUUGGGAACGUGAGGAGUGCAGGUCGUGCAGUGCGCAGUGCCAUUCGCCAACAGCUCUUGGUCAUUAAAGUUGCCAUCUUUAUCGUCAUCGAAUUAGUCAUAUUCCCUCUCGGCUGUGGAGUGAUGCUAGAUGCAUGUUCGGUGUGGUUACUUCCUCAAAGCAAUUUUAGAACAAGAGCGGCUUUCUUGGUUUAUGCGCCUGUUUCGUCCGUUUUCUAUCAUUGGGUAAUUGGCACUAUGUUUAUGUACCAAUUUGCUGUGCUCCUUGCUGGAUGUCGCGAAAUCAUGCGCCCGGGGUCUAUGUGGUUUAUCAAGGACCCUCAGGAUCAGAAUUUCCAUCCUAUCCGAGACAUCCUUGAGCGACCUACGCUUGUCCAACUGCGGAAGCUGUUCUUGAGUGCUAUCAUGUACGGUCUUGUCGUAGCAGCUGGAGUUGGAACUGUUUCCGGUGUGUUACAAUUCUUUAGCAAGACGAUACUACCCUUCCGGUGGAAGGUCAGGGAGCCCUUGUCUGUUGUUCCUGUCGACCUGCUCUUCUUGCAUCUCGUUCUCCCUUACACCAUGCAGUAUUUUCGACCAAAGAAGGCACUCCGUCAGUUUGGUGUCCGCGUAUGGAAAUAUCUAGCUGCACAACUACGCCUCACCUCCUACAUGUUCGGAGGUCGUCACCUUGCCGAAGAAUGUACUCCCAAACAUUGGUCCUGGAAGACGCUCCUCGGCAAACAGGCGGUAGCCAUGGAUGAUGUAGAAGCGGUGCAUGAUGGCGCCUUCAGACGUGUUCCUAAUUCCGAUAAUGUUGCGUUGGUCAAAGACUCUCCGGCAACUGCUGAAGUGGACCAGGAAGGUAAACCCCUUAACGACGAGCAAGCUAAACUCAUAGCUGCGCAAAACUCCGAGGCGGACAAAGCGAAGAGAAGUAUCAAGGAUGACUACGUGAUUGUCUAUUUACCCCCUCGCCUCAAGUACAGGAUAGCGGCAUUCAUCGUAGCCAUUUGGGUAAUCGGCUCUGUUAUGUUUGCAGCUGCACUCGGUGCACCCAUUAUGCUUGGCCGAAAGUUCUUUGAACUUUUUGUUCAACAUGAGGUGCACGAUGGGUACUCAUUCAUUGCCGGCUUCUACCUUCUAUGGGCUUGUUUGUUGGUUGGUCACUCUAUUGACCGUAUGGAUAAGCGCCGGCAGCGAAGAGGAGGGGAUGAGCCUCGAGCCGAAUGGCCUUUAUAUCUUGCCAAGCGGUGUUUCCUUUGGAUCGCUCAAAUGGCAUACUUGACACUCCUCCUUGGCUUUGUGAUUCCCACUCUCGUUGCGCUGGUUAUGGAGUUCUAUGUGGUUCGACCAGUUCGCCAAAUCUUCGAUCCUCCCGACGACUUCCGCAUCAGAAUUGUCGACAUGUGGGCCUUCGGUCUUCUCUACUGCAAAAUUAUGAUCCGUUGUCUACGGAUGCAACCUGGUAACGAUUUUAUUCAGGGAAUCGAUCAUAUUCUCCGCCAAGGAUGGACGCACCCAGACCCCUUUAGGGCCACGAGGGAGGUCAUUGCACCGAUCACUUUCGGUUUACUAGGAAUGCUGCUCUUGCCGGCUGGCUUUUUAUGGGCAGUCCGUCGGGCUGUGUCGUUCCCGAUCGGAGACGAUUUCCUUUUCGUUCACCUUUAUCCUAGCAUUUUCACUGUGGCAGGAUUCAGCCACGCAGUAGUUGUGCUGUCAAAGGGUCUUGCGUCUUGGUCUCAAACUAUCCGUGACAAAGAGUUCCUUGUGGAAAUGCGGCUGCAAAAUCAUGAGUUAGUGUCUGAAGCAGGCCAACCAAAGAAUAUUGAGAUACAGGUGAAAGAGGAGGAAGAGGAGGAAGAAUAA